CAGUCGCAGGCAGGGAUGUGUGUACUGCAUGGAAAUGCCGGGGCUGAGACGCGGGGCACGUUCUGUCUGGCGGGGCGCGCUGUCACACUGGCCAAGUCCCUGAGAGUGAGCAGCCUAUCUGGCUCGCUGCCUCUCCGCUCACUCGCAAGCCGAACGGCCGCCACACGUCUGGCGCUGUGACUUUGACGCCAGUACUGCGGUUGGUGUUUACACACGUGUGUGUGUGUGUGAGAAAGAGAGAAGACAUUUAUUAUCGGCUCUGAUGAAGACAGACCAUCUCGGGCUGGGACUAGACUCCCUGUGAGUGGCGCAGGAGAAGGUGACACUCGCCCAGGGGCAGAGAGAGGGACAGCCAGCCGGCAGCCGCUUGAACAGGUGUUUGGAGAGGAGGGAGCGGCGCAGAGUUGUCUCCGACUUGCCCGACACGACCCGGCGAUGGCUCCUUGUCGGUCCAACGCUGUUGAAUGGCAGCAAGUCGGCGCCGCUUGCCAGUGAGCGCAACCUCCCGCUACACACUGAUGCCGGUUUCAUUGGCGAGGACAUGGUGACCGGAGGCUUGGAGAUUGAUUCGCAGACCACAGUCGCUCUCCGCUCGCCGCUCGCCCGAGUUUGAAACUGUGCCCCGUCCGCCCGCUGACCGGUGACCAUGGCUGCAGCUAUCGCCAGCUCCCUGAUCCGGCAGAGGCGGCUAGCCAGGGAGCGCAAGGACCGCGGCUUGCCCACCCGGAGGAUCAGCAGCCCGAGUGAAAGCAAAACCAUCUGCGAGAAGCACUGGUUCGCCGUCUUUUCCAAAGUCAGGAUCUUCGGCUUGAAGAAGCGACGCCGGAGGCGCCCAGAGCCUCAGCUCAAAGGCAUCAUAACAAAAUUGUACAACCGACAAGGCUACCACUUGCAGCUGCAACCCGACGGCGUCAUCGAUGGAACGAAGGAGGAAGGCAGUAGUUACACUUUGUUCAACCUCAUACCAGUGGGCCUUCGGGUUGUUGCCAUCCAAGGGGUGAAAACAGGUCUCUAUUUGGCAAUGAACAAUGAGGGGUACCUGUACACAUCUGAACACUUCACCCCCGAAUGCAGGUUCAAAGAGUCAGUGUUUGAAAACUACUAUGUGACCUACUCGUCUAUGUUGUACCGACAGCAGCAAUCUGGCAGAGGCUGGUAUCUGGGUCUCAACAAGGAUGGUGAGAUCAUGAAGGGCAAUCACGUGAAGAAAAACAAACCAGCCGCCCACUUCCUCCCCAAACCGCUAGAAGUCGCCCUCUACAGAGAGCCGUCGCUCCACGAGUUGGCCGAAGUGCUGUCCCGCUCUGGCACCCCCACCAAAAGCAGAAGUGCCUCGGCCAUGCUAAACGGGGGCAAGGCGGUGAGUCAGACUGAAUCGACGUAGCCAGGUGGAAGGGCCGCCAGUCCAGGCACGUCGCCAGUGGAUGCUGUCAAUCUAUUACUAGCAGACACUCUCUUUCUGUUGUAAAAUGAUUCAGGAAACCAGCCGCAGGGUUGGGUAGAGUCGCUCUCCUGUCAGCCUUUUAGGUCUUCUGGUUUUUCUGAGGGUGGAUAAAUCCCAAUAAUUUUAGCUGAGAAAGCGCUUGUGCAAGUCUCCAGGCACCUGGAUAGCCAAUGGAACCUCAUUUUGGGAAAGUGGCAGCGCAGAAGAAAUGCCCCAAUUGUCCCGACGUCUGACGUUUCUCUGGCAAAAGAAUCAUUGAAAGUAUCACACCUUGUUCGCCAGCUGAAAGCAAGUUAUACCUCAGCGUCGAACACACACACAAAGCCCAGAUAACAUUGGCUCUCACCAGAGGAUUGUAGUUCCCUUUGGGUUUUACUAAAGAAAUGAACACAAAAACUAAUUGCAUCACAUUCUUGGCUCAAUGCUGUUCAACCCCUCCUGGUACACUUGCAUCUAGUUUCUUUACUUCAUGGGUAGUGUUUUGCUAACCGCAGUUCUAUAGUUUUUUUUAUACUCCAACAAACGGAUAGAAUCGCUUUCAAAAACUAUUCAGGGUUGCUAACUCGAAAACAGGCAGACAGGAAUUAAGCCGCAUCUCGGGCUAAUUCUCCUGUGGUUCAAAGUGUGACAAAGCAAUCUUGAGGAAAGGGUUUAUAGAUUUGUAGUAACAAUAAUAUAUUAGUGCAACGCCUAGAAUAUGGAAAUCUAUUGGUUAGCAAAUUGCAAAUUGCACCCUUGUGACUUGUUCUCUCCUCGUGAUUUGCACUUUGACCUUUAUUGUGGUGACUUUUAUUCUUAAAGAAACUGUAGAGUUUUGGGUGACUUCAUUUUUAUAACAAAGAAGAAAGUCUUAUUUGUAUCACACUACCAGACAUUCUUUUAUUGCGCUGGGCAUGGUGGGAAUUGUUGUAAAUGAAGUUUCCUUUGGGGAGUUUACCCUAAACUCAUCCCCGUACAUGCUGCACCGAGGUUGUUGUUAUUCAGUCGAUUAGUUUAGACUUUAUUUUAAUUUAUUUGUUGCAUGGGAGAAAGCUGGUAAUAAUGGAAUAGAGCUGCAUGACUUAGGAUUUGUGUGUUAAACAUGUUGGAUAAUCUGUUCCGAGCAUUUCAUGGGUUAUAAUUACAAGCAGUUUUUGCAUCUUCUCAACUGUUGACUUGUUUAUUAUUUGUUGUAUACACCAACAGAUGCACUGAAUAAAACAUUUAUACAAAGAUAAAA